AUGGUGGUCGGCGAGUCACUAGAUUGGCUUCCCUCCGGCUGGACUAAGCAUGUCAAGCUAUGCAACAAUCGGAAAAUCAAGUCGAUUUCAUCUAGUGAUGUCCUUUUUCUAGAAUCUUCAUCGCAUUUCUCAUCCAGUGUUUCUAGUUUCGAUUGUUGUUGUCUGACCAUUCUAGUUAAUUUGUUACAGUCCUACAUUGAACCUGUGACUAAUCGGAAGUUCUAUUCGAAGCCAGAGGUGUUACGUUAUCUGAAACAUGACAGCAGCACAUCUAAACCAAAUGCCACAGCAGAAGAUGAUGAUGAUCUUUAUGAACUGGAGAAAUUGGACGAUGAUUAUUCUCAGUGCAAUGCAUAUGAAAAGCCUGACUGGUUGCCUCAUGGAUGGACAAUGGUGUUGACACCUCCGAGGACUAGUUUGCUAAACAGUAAGACACAGAAGGUAACAUAA